UCGGGUCGACAAUGGCUCGUCACCGUGCCGUACUGAGCGAGGCGACAUUUCGCGUAGAUGUCAAUGAGGUUGGUAAUGGGCGGCAGCAGUUUGGAAGCAAUGGUAUGGACGGUGGCGUUACCGUAUCGAAAGCUGCUUCGGAAGAGGAUAAAAUCGAGGUGCUGCAUAAUGUUGAUGGGACGGAGGAACAGCUGAGCCACGAGGUGGGACUGUUUGCCCCGGGUGGUAACCCACUCGCCAGCCAGGAGGAUCAGUUUCAAGGUGUCAAUGUUAGUUUCUCGCAGAGCUUCCGACGCUGGUCCAGCAACUUUGGCCGAAGUGUGAAAAACAACAAACGGACUGUUUACAACAAAACCAUCCGCCUAAUGCCGUCUCGGAUACAGAAAACGCUCUCGAUCGAUGGGGACCUGAUAACGACCAGCGCAUCCGACGUGGAUCACAUCACGAUGGAGCUCGGCCAACGGGAACAGCUGAUGGAGGACAACCCGAUCGCCGAGCAGCUACGCAUCGAAACGAUCAAAUCGAUCGCGCACAAAAUCUCCACCAAACGACAAAUUCGCGAACAGCUGUCACAAACCGUCAACCGGCGCGCCACACGCUCCAAAUCGAUCGGACUGAUACGCCGCUACCGGUACAGUGGCAAGCUGUAUGCGACCCGGGCCGCCAAGCUGGUGAAAAGUUUCGUCACCAACUUUGAGCUGUUUUACGGCAGCAUGAAACAGAUCGAGGGACACUUCGGGAGCCGGAUCAGUGCGUACUUUAAAUUUCUGCGGCGACUGUUGGUGCUGAACCUGGUGCUGCUGCUGUUUAUCGGAUCGUUCGUAACCUUCCCGCAGCUGCUGGCCGGACACGAGCCGGCCGGCUCGGUACGAGACGUUAACGCGCGGCAGGAGUUCCAUCUGCGCGAUCUGUUGACUGGUGAGGGUUACCUCAGCGAAUCAGUCAUGUACUACGGAUCGUACAGCAAUCGUUCCUUUACGCUGGUCCCCGGUACGGCGGAGUACAGUCUACCGCACGCCUACUUCCUCACCAUCACCGUACUGUCGCUGGCAACGUUUGUGGUCGUAUCGAUCAGUAUGGGCCGCUCGUACCGGAUCAGCUUCAUCGAAUCGAGCGCCACGGUACAGAACAUCCUCACGCACAAGAUCGUCUGCUCGUGGGAUUACGGCAUAGCGAAUGAGAAGGCGGCCCGCCUCAAGCACGCCACCAUACUGAACGAACUGCGGGACUAUCUGGCCCAGCGGAACCGGGCCCCGUUCGUUGCCGGUCGAUGGCACCGUUUGCGCCGUGAAGCCCUCCGGCUGGUAGCGCACGUAACCGUGCUUACCAUGAUCAGUGCGGUGGCUGCUAGCUUGUGGGCACUGUUGGCACGUUUCGGCGAAACAGAUCACUUUACCACAUGGUCCGCGCUGUACGUUUCGGUCGCGUCGAAUGUGACGAUGGUUGCGUUCGGAUACGCUUGCCAAUUGCUUGGUCAGCUCGAACAGUACCGACAGGUGGCGACCCGACUCAACAUCAAUCUGUUGCGCCAUUUUCUACUCCAGCUGACCAUUGUUGGCGUACUGCUGGCGUACUGGUUGACCCGAACUCACACCGCUACCGGUUGCUGGGAGACACUCAUCGGCCAGGAGCUGUACCGACUGUUGGUAGUGGAUUUUUUCAUCUCGACAGUAUUGCUAUGUGCGGUGCGUGGUGUACGCUAUCUACUGCACGCACGUUACGGGCCGGUUCGGAAGGGUACGGCGAGCACCACGCCGACAAGCGUGCUGGCACGCUACCUUACACCGCCACCAUUUUGCAUCGAAACGCACAGCCUUGGGCUGGUGUACAAUCAAACGUUGCUGUGGUUUGGCGUACUGUUUGCACCGCUGCUAGUGUUGCUCGUUGCACUGAAGCUGCUGCUCGUCUUCUACAUCAACAAGUUCGAGCUGAUCUAUCUCUGCCAACCGCCGGCCCGGUUAUGGCGCUCGAGUCAAACGCAAACCCUCUUCCUGGUGCUGGUGUUUGUGUCGCUGUUUGGCGUACUGCUCACGCACGGCUACAUCAUCAUGCAGGUUCCGGUGAGUGCCGGAUGCGGUCCGUUCCGCGGUACUGAGUACAUGUACCAGCUGUUUAUGCAGGGCAUACUGAAGCUCCGCGAGGAGCAUCUGUUCUGGCGCGCGUUCGUCUACAUCACCAAACCCGCCAUUAUCGGCGGUGUGCUACUGACGAUGGGUGUCGUCACGUACUAUCUGCGGGCGAAGUCACGCGCCCAGGUAGCGAAGGUGAAGCUGCUCAAGGAGCUGCUCUGUAUGGAGGCGAAGGAUAAGGAGUUUUUGCUAGCGAACCUGAGCAAGGUUACGCGGGGCAAGGACUGUACCGAGCAUCUGCUCGAUCGCAUCGAGCUGGUUGGUGGGGGACGCGCUAAUGGACCAGCGGACAAGUAUUAUACCGAUCCGUGCGCUACCUGGCGGUACGAGGAAACGCCACGUAAAGCUAGUGACGGCACGGGAACUGGUGCCGCUAACGAAUCUACCGGAAGCUGUUCUGGCUACCAGCGAUUUGAGGAUGAGGAACAAUUGCGUAUGAGACGAACCUAACCUAAGCACC